AUGCGAUUCAACAACUGUUUCUGCACGAACGCAAUCUGCACGCCAGCACGUGGCUCCAUUCUCACAGGAAAAUACAGCCAUAAAACCGGCAUCAAAACCCUCGCGGAUACAAUUGACCACACGCAGGAACAGACAGUCGCACAAAUGCUGCAUGAAAACGGGUAUCAGACGGCAAUUGUCGGGAAAUGGCAUCUCGGACACGGUGGUGUUAGCGAGCCUCACGGAUUCGAUUACUGGAACGUGUUUCCUGUCCAAGGUGCCCAUAUUGAUCCUGAAAUGAUCGAGAUGGGGAAACGGAAAAAAUUCGAUGGAUACUCCGCAGACAUCGUGACGGACAGUUCGCUGAAUUGGCUACAGGGCAGAGCGACAGAUCAGCCGUUCUUUCUGAUGACAACCUACAAAGCGACACACGAUCCGUUUUUUCCGAAUCCGAAGCAUCUGCAUCUCUAUACGGAGGAAAUCCCUGAACCCCCGACCUUCAACGAUGCCUACGAAAAUCGGGCAGCGGCUGCCGCAAUGAACACAGCGAAGGUAGGCAUUAUGCAUCAGAAAAAUCAUCUGCCGGAGCCGAUUCCUGAAAAUCUGGAAGGCGAUGAUUUGAAGCGGUGGAACUAUCAGUGCUACAUGCAGAACUAUCUGCGCUGUGCUCACGCCAUCGACGAGAAUGUCGGACGAUUGCUCGAUUAUCUGGAGGCAGAAGGCCUUGUUGAAGAUACGAUUGUCAUCUAUUCUGCAGAUCACGGAUUCUUUUUAGGCGAUCACGGUUGGUAUGACAAACGGUUCAUGUAUGAGGAAUCCAUGCGGAUACCGUUGCUCGUUCGGUAUCCGCGCGAGAUCCCAGCGGCAGAUGUGAGCGAACAAAUCACACUGAACGUCGAUUUUGCACCGACACUCCUCGACUACGCAGGCAUAUCAAUUCCAGACGAUAUGCAAGGACGUAGCCUCCGAACGUCAUUGGAAGGUGAAACGCCAGCGGAUUGGCGGACAUCUAUGUAUUACCGGUAUUGGAUGCACCUCGCGCAUUUCAAUAUCCCCGCACACUACGGCGUACGGACGGAACGGUAUAAACUCAUCUACUAUUACGGUGAGGCGUUGGGGGCAGGUGGGGCAAUCAAUCGCGCGACACCGCCAGAAUGGGAAUUGUUUGAUCUGGAGAAGGAUCCGCAUGAGAUGUACAAUGUUUACGCAGAUCCGGCGUAUGCAGGGGGUUGUAGAGGAAUUGAAGAGCGGAAUUGGAACGGUUGCGGGAUGAACUGGAGGAUUAUGAGUAAAACUGAGCAGUGGUCCUAUCACCUUCCAUGUGAAAUGACCUUCGCUACGUGUCCUUGA